AUGGCCGAGACCGUCCGUAAGAUUUUGAACUGUUUUUCCGGCGAUCCUUUAGAUAAUGCAAGGGAAUCGAAGGAGGUAGUUCCUACACGCAGUCGGCCAUCACGCAUAUAUGCUCUCGUCAUCGGUAUCAACCAUUAUAUACAUGCAUCGCCACCCAGUUUAUGCAACCUCCGUGGUGCAGUCAGGGACGCCGACAGUAUGGAAACAUAUCUAAAGAAAUAUAUGUCUGUCCCAGAAUCGAGGAUUCGCAAUCUUCGCAACUGGCAGGCGACUCGCUCGGCCAUAAUCGGAAACAUACGUUAUCUUUCCACAUGCAAGGCUAUCCGCAGAGGCGACCCGAUUCUAAUCUUCUUCGCCGGGCACGGUGCCGUUGCAUCAUCUCCCCCAGGAUGGACCAGCGAGAACGGCAAGGUCCAGAUGCUCCUUCCCUGCGACUUUAUCCCUCGCACGACGGAUUCAUUGACUGGCCAAGGGAUCCCAGACAUCACAAUUUCCAGGCUUCUAGACGAGCUUUCCGAGGCGAAGGGAGACAAUAUUACCGUCAUCUUUGACUGCUGCCACUCCGCUUCGGCUACACGAGGGUUCCAGGAUCCCUCGAUUGGAAUACGGGGCAUCGACUUGACCAACAUUGAAAGGGAACAAUAUAUCGUACUUCCUGCACUGGACAAAGACAUCCUGAACGCUGCAAAGGACGGCUCCCGUGCCGAGGCUAAAGCUAUUGGAUUCGAGAAUUCCGGGACGACGUCAUAUGUCCUUCUGGCAGCCUGCAAAGCAGAGCAAAAAUCCCACGAGUCCGCCACCUGCGGUGGAUUUUUCACGGACGCAUUACUUCGAGUUCUGAGAGCAAAUAGUCCCGAGAAGAUCACUUAUAUCGACCUUAUAGAAGGUCUCCCGCAUAUUCCAUACGGGCAAAGUCCGCAAUGCAUUGGGGAGCACUCGGACCGAGUGCUUUUCAACGCAAAGGCACCCUCUCCUCGACGUAUUCUGUAUCGUGUAAGCAAGACCGCUCAAGGAACAUAUCAGCUGAGCGCAGGAGAGGCUUCCGGAAUAACCAUUGGAGCCAAGUUCAAUCUCUACGCGACUAGAGAAAUAGACUCUCCGCCUCUCGCAGUCCUCAUCGUCGCAUCUACCACGGCUUUCACUGCAAAGCUUGAACCCGAAUCAAUCUCCUCAAGCCCAGAGUUCUCUAUACAGGCAUAUGCGCUACAGAUAUUGAUAGGAGAGCCUCCAGAUCUACGAAUAUCCAUUGAGGGUGCCAUCAGAGGCAAUGCUAGCCUUAACGGAGUAUAUGACAGGGUUAUUGAGGAGAUGGACAAGUCACGAGCUAUGGGAAAGAGGGGGAUCCUUCCUGUCAAGAUCGACGAGUCUCCGGACAUCUCACUCGCAGUGGAAGGAGAAAGAGUCGUGUUCAGAAUUUCUGAUGCAGCUUGUGUCGCUCACUCAAUCACUCGCAUGUACGGAACUGUCCCUUGCGACUCCGACGCCGUAUUCCCCAUCAUUGCUAGCGCCGCGGAUUUCUUCUCCCGUCUUCGUCGAACCUCGAAGACUACGGUGCUCAGGAACCACGUCGAGUUCGUGUGCACAGAAGUGGUUUCAGGAGCAGGAUCAGAGCUCAACUCUGUUGGCUCCGACCUGAUUAUAGACGGUACUUUGAACAUCCUUGUCGAUGACCAAAAGGGAUACGGAUACGAGAUCAGGAACAAAGGUGAUAUACCGCUAUAUGCUGCGGUAUUUUUCUUCGACGUCAGCGAUCUAAGUAUCGCCGAGUACUACAUUCCAAACAAGGCAAAAGACAAUGAAAAUGUGGAGUUCUCUAUCCCACCAAACAGCGUGCUUCCUAUUGGCUACGGGUCAAGCAGCAGGCGGCCUCGCGAAUAUUUUUUGCGAGAGGGUCAAAACAUCGACAUCGGCUUCAUCAAGGUUUUCCUCUCUACAGACUAUGUCGACCUUUCCAAUAUCUCUCAGCCAUCGCCAUUCACCGAACUCCGUGCUGAGAGGCCUAAAGCAUUCGUUCCUGUGCCCCAGUGGGAUUCAAUUCUUGUGACGGUUGUUCAACGCAAGGGCCGUUCAUCCUCACUCGCAGUGACCACGGUGUAA